AUUGCCUAUAAGGCCCAACUGUUAAAAAAAAUCAGCUUUCAAUCUCGAUAUCUCUGAGCAUUCAUCAAUCAAUCAUCAUUCGAUUUACACGUUUAGCUUAAGAAGAUAAAUGGCUGAUGUACUUCGUGUUCCUUUUUCAGUUCUCCGAUCAUCACCAUCACCACCCUUCAAGCCACGUCUUUGUCCUCUAACUCCUCCAUUACGACGUCGUCUCCAUCUCAAACCAACCCCUCUUCUCCUUCCUCUCUUCUCUUCUUCUUUCGCUUCCUGUCCCAGACAACCCCUUCAUUGCUCUUCUUCUUCCACGCCUCUUCAACUCUCCUCUUUGUCUCAGGACAGUUUGUUGUAUUCGAGGGCAUAUUGGGUAACGGAAACCAUAACCGCCUGGAAUGUUGAUGUCGGAGAAGGUUCUUGCUACUUGUUUGCAAGUAAAGCUGCUGCUUUGUCUGUUACAGAGGAUGGAAUUCAAGGUCUGGGUUGUGCUGAAAAAAUUACCUUUCAUUGAAAUGGUAAAUCCAGCUCAGUCGGUAGAGCGCAAGGUUCUUAACUUUGUGGUCGUGAGAUCGAGUCUCACGGUAGACAACUUAUAAUUCUGACUGUCGAGGUCUUCUACGGAAGUUGCUCUCAACUGGCGUUUGGGGCAGCCUAUUACUUUACCUCCCCUCACCCCAUUACAUAUGGGAAUAGGGCCAGUUAUUUUUUUUGAAAUGGUAAAUUCGAGACUUCCCACGUUUUAUCGUCUUUGAGAGCCUUUAUUUCUUCCAUCACAAUUUACCUUCAAUUUAAGAGCUUCUUCUAUGUUUUACGAAACUUUACAGU